UCCUGUGCAGCUGCAAGAUCUUAGAUCAGGAGAUCCUGUUUUAGCAAAGUGGUCAGAUGGUAAAUUUUAUAGGGCCACUGUUGAAUUUAUUUCAGAGGGAGAUCAGGCUAAUCCACCAAAAAGCCGCCAAACUCCACAGGAGUCUUUUUUAAAUAUGCUAAAGGAUGAUGAGCCAUUAGACUCAACGUCAGGGUCUGACACCAUCAUAAUAGAUAGGAGUCCACUGUCUGAACAUGGUGAGCCAAUCACUGCGCCGAAUCCAUCACCUGAUGGGGGACAUGUAACAGGCCGCAGCACCGCUGGCCCACCAUCCUAUAGCUCUAACAAAGGGGACACCAUUGGUCCAUCACCCUAUGGAGGCAAUACAGCCAGACCAUCACCAUAUGGCCUCAACACUUCUCAUCCAUCUCCUUACGGAGGUCAUAGACCCAGCCCAUCACCGUAUGGCCUCAACAGCUCUGGUCUAUCUCUCUACGGUGGCCAUACAACCAGCCCAUCAACAUAUAGCCUCAACACCUCUGGUCCAUCUCCCUACGGAGAGCAUACACCCAGCCCACCACUGUAUGGUCAUGACACCCCGGGUCCGUCAUUCUAUGGAGGCCAUAAACCCAGCCCAUCACUGUAUGACCUCAACACCUCUGGUGCUUCACCCAGCGGAGGCCAUGCAGUUGGCUCUAGUGGGGUCAAUCCACCUGACAGAGGAAAAGAACCAGACAGGAAAGAUGCAGGCAGCUCAUCUGACAAGAGCAACAUCCAAUAUGGACAGCAGGCUGAAAAUGCAUGGACACCAUGUGAUGGCUGUAAGGAGGAGGUCGAAAGAAUCCAACGUGAAAAAAGAAGGAUCGAUGAAGUCAUCUCGAGAAUAGGCAAGUAA